GUGCUCCAUAUAAAAGUCGUCUGCACUGCUGCACCAGUCAGUCUGGUGUCUCUCCACGCCUGUCCUCUCCUAUUCUUUCCUCAGUGCAGGACCCAAACUCAGGUCAUCGUCAUGGCGAAUAGGAUGGUUGUGCAGCAACCUAAGCCGGUUGUCAUGUCAGCCGGUGCAGACCAAUGGACCACCAGUAUCUGCGAGUGUGACAACGUGAAUGACUGCUGUUUCUCAUUCUUUUGCCCCAUGUGCUUCGCGUGCAUCACGGCGCAGGACCACGGCGAGUGCAUGUGCAUACCGCUCCUGGACGGCUAUGGACUCAUCCCCCCUAUCACGCUCUCAAUGAGGGUCUCGAUGCGACGCCAGUUUGGAAUCAAUGACACCAUCUGUAACGACUGCAUAUACGCCUGCUGCUGUGGGCCCUGCUCCUGGUGCCAGAUGAGGCGAGAGAUGAAGGCUCGCCUGCAUCCCGUCACCCUCAUCAACUACCGGGCACAGUAACCAUGGCAACUGUAGAUGUCCCCCAAAAUCCCCCAUCCGUCCCCUGAGGCUGUCAGAAUCACCUCCAUCACUCCAUCACCUUUCGCCUAGGUCCCGCCCUCUUCCUGCACUCCUCAUCUGCUUGUGGUCCAAUCAGGUGUCAGUGUGGAACUCCAGACACCCGUCACUCCAGUCCCUGAUCUCCUAUCAGCUGUGUCCACGGAGAGCCGAAAACCAGCUAGUAUCUAUGUCCUGGGAUCAGAGCAUGUCUAGGGAGUGGCUGUAGGUUGCAAGAAUGCAUCACUGCUCACAUAUGAAGACAGAAUUUGUAUCAGCAGAUCAUGCAAUGUAUUGUUCAGAUUGUUCAAAUGAUUGUGUGUAAUUUUUCUGUUGUUUUUCUUUUUCUUUUGUUUGUUUUUCUAAUGUGUUUGUUUGUUUUCUAGUUUACUCAUAUAUUUUGUUUCAUUCUGUCAGAAGCAAACAGUGCUGCGUAGUUGUACAGAGCUAAAUGAAUGUCUUCUAAUGUCCUAACUGAGUGUAAUUUUGUUUCUGAAAAAAAUAAAUAAACCUAUUUUCUCCAAAAUCA